CUUGGAUUCCAAUCAAAAUCCGUGUUUAGGGAAACUACCAGCAAGGUGUUCCCUGGCAAACACGGUGCAUGUGAUGCAAUAUCGGGGUUAAAGGCCCCUCAAAACAAUGUGCCAACGUUUUGCGCAUGUGUGUAUAAAAACAGUUGAUCACCGCUAAGAUAAUCAUUAAGUCACUGCGACCAGUCCUGUAGAGAUCAGUGCUUGUGAUUUCUGCUUCUGGGUUUUUGAUUUUCGCAAGAUGAGUUUUCUCACACAUUUCACAGUUUUCGUGUUGGUGGUACACGGGAUAAGUAAUGUAGCUUCCCACCGUGUAGAAACUCCGGGCUUAGAUCAACGUGCACCGGGGACGUCUGGGGAGCGACGGGGGGAAUCGACGCGGAACGCCCGCGGAGAUUCGGCAGGGACCCCGCAACUGGUCGAGUCCGAGCGGAACAUCCGCGGUUACGACCAGAGACUGAUCCAUGGCACUAGGAGCAAGCGGGGGGCUUUCAUCGUGGACGGGACAAAGUGGUGCGGGAUAGGAAACAAUGCUGAUAACUACGACGACCUCGGUGUUCACCGAGAGACCGACAUUUGCUGCCGGGACCACGACCACUGCCCUGAACAUAUCGCCGGCUUAUCAAGGGGAUACGGACUGUUCAACAGUCUUCUUUAUAGCAUCAGUUUGUGCAGUUGCGAUGAAAGUUUCCGUUUGUGUCUUCGAGCAGCCAACACGAGCGUUGCGACCGAGGUGGGCCGGUUCUUCUUUGACACUCUCCGCCCUUCAUGCUUCGAGUUAUCGGACGAGCUGACCCCGCGAUGCGUGCGGCGAUACUGGUACGGUGCCUGCCGGGAGUACGGGCUGCCGGAGAGGACGGCGGUGGUGGGCACGAACAAACACUUUAACGGCGAGGAGUACGAGGAGUACGAGGAGAACGAGGAGUACGAGGAGUACGAGGAGUACGAGGAGUACGAGUACGAAGACUAAAAUUCACCGGCUCGGGAAAUGAAGAACUGUUAACAUGUUAUGUAGCUUGUUAGUACAUGUCACCGAUCCACUAAGCCACGCCCUUCGAUGUUUUGACCACUCACGGCUGUUAUUUAUGCACAUGUGCACAUCUGCAUAUGACGCGCGCGUCUAGAACGCGCAGUGUGGGAUUGGAGAGGUGCACGUUCUGUUGCACACGUGAGUGGGAGGGGCCUAAUGGAUCCGUCCAUUAUUUCAUAGUUUCGAAUAUUAAUAGCCUAGCCGUGACACAAUGAAUUUGUAUUGUAUGUUAACAAGAACACAUGUACCAAAUACAAUACCACCCACGCUAUUCAUCAUUUUUAUGGAGAGAAAAGAAAUCACCGCUAUAAAUCGGCAAAAUACGUACACUGUCAGCCAAAUAAUGGCAUCAUGAAGAGCGCCUCUUUCUGUUAGAUGGUGUCCAAUCCAAUUGUGGAUGAACAGCGCCCCUUAGUAUAUGCAUUUUUUUCAUCAUGGAAAGAAUGCUGCAUCCUGACGCCACUUUUUUCCAUUACGUAUAUGUCAAUGAAGGGCAAACAUUGCAAAAAUGUUGAAAAGACAUAAAUCUGGGACUGAAAAACAUUUCCAAUUUUGUAAGGAAAUACUUCAUGACUCUCCAUGUUCAUGACUCUCCAUAGACUUUGUACACGACCAAAGAAGUGGCGUCUGGAUACUACAUUCUUUCCAUCAUCAUUAACAAUGUACACAUAAAAGAUAAUUACAAUUUACAUGUAUGUACAUAUAAUAAAUAUACUUACUUCUUUUUUUAAAUUCAAAUUUAUUCUCAGAUUUACCACAAACUGACAACUUCUUUUCUGUUUCCUAAGUAAGCUACUGACCAUCAACGUAGGCGAGAUAAUGAGGGAAGGGGAACGUUACAACUGCCAAAAUUUCCAAGAUUUGGGGGAAUUUUUCUCAAGAUUCGAAAUUCCUUUUAUAAGCAAACCGUGCAAAGAGUAGUUGGGUGGGGCAUGGUAGGGGAAGGAGGGGAAGGAGGGGUUAUUGUCCAAAAAGGUUAUAAUUUUUUGGAUGAAGGUCUGAGAAUUAAAACUUUGAAGCGAUCCAAAGAAGAGUGUUCUGUGUUUAAAAAGUAGUUUAACUCUAACGAUCCCCAACCAGCCAAACUCCAACACCAGGGUUUGUUGGAAUCUGUUAGGAUGAGUACUGCACUAGUAAACUGACCAUGCUUUACAUGGGAUUAGGCAUACCACAAAUAAACAGAGUCCAACUGUUAAUUUGCACAGUUUACCAUAUGGUGUUGGGAUUUGCAAGGAUGAGGAAGGUUCCUCGUAAAUCACUUUAGUGACUACAGUGUAUACAGUUUCCUUAAAUAUGAGCGCCCUCUAUUGGCAGCCGUUGGAUAGUCUAAACGACAGACUGCACCGAUACACAUGUACAUAAUACAAGUAAAACAUUAAAAGAAUAAUCAUAUUUACAAAUUCAUUUUUCAAGUUCAAGUUUAGUAAUUGUUAAUUUAAUAUCAAUGAUACACAGAUGGUAAUCGACUUUUGUUUUUAUAUCGUUAACUAUUUUUAGUAAAAGAGAAAACAAAAAUACGUAAAAAUCACUUGUCACUGAACUAAGGGUUUACCUUUCCAUUUUUGUUUAUUAAUUAAAAAGCUGACGCCAUGUUGCUGGCCUUUUUA